AUGUCACUGGCCUUGCCUUUUCUCAAGCGCCAGCUAUGUUUCAACUCCCGCUUGAGAAAUGUCCCGGCUUAUGGACGGGCACAGUCGACAUUACUGGAAAGGCUGGCUCAGCUAACUUCUCAGCCUAAAUCUUCUCCUUCCUCUGAACCAAAUUCCUCUACGUCGACUGCUAUCUCGGUAACGUCACCGGACGCCGUAUCAGAACAUCAAAAGGCAAAGAAGGAGUUGAAAAACUCAGAUGCCACCAAGUUGAAAGGUCCGAGUAGAAACUUACUCGAGGAGAGCAAGAUACAGAGCUACCUCGACCGCAUCGCAGAGACUGGUAACACCGUGACUCUUGCGGAUAUCACCAGGCUGCGGCCCAACAUUCACUCAGAUCCAGAAACGCCGGAAUAUGAGGAGGAGUACAAUGCUUUGAUAGACCGACUGUGCCGGUCGUUCAGCAAGAAACAGCUGUAUUCUUUCGUGAAAAUGUUGGAAAUAGAGGGAUCACGAAGAGGGAGUGCGAAACGGCACAGUGCUGUGCAGAUUGUUGAAGAUGGGUGGAACUGGCCGUCUUUAGCCAAGGUGAAGGCGCGAAAACGUGAUUGGAGUGAAGUGCUCUCUCAAUCGUUCCCUCUGGACCCUCGGCAGUCGUUUCUCAUCCUUGGGAAAGACGGAGCCAAUCUUCAUGCUCUAUCCAACAAAUACAACAUCCACAUCGGUUUUACUACGAGGCCAUUGAGCUUAAACGCGGAAGGCCUGCGUGGUGCUCUAAAGCAACUUGAAGAGCAUAUAACUUUCGUCAAAGAAGAUAUCGUGGAAGAGUACUACGGCAUAUCGUUCGAGAAGCCCUUUCCUGCUGAAUUAUUGCACCGCAUCUCACGUCUCUCGGGUGCUUUCACUGAGACCUUUGGAGGAGGCCAGAUUCGGAUAUCUUAUAGGAAAAGUGAUCCUCGGGCGGCUUUCAUUGCAAAACGUCUGCUGACACACGUCCUUUGUGAUUUAGAAACUGUAACGGGAAGCUCGAUCCUGGUUCAUAUCCCUCCAGAAGCGCCGAAGUCAACGCCAGUCCCACUUGCUAUGUUUCCUUCCAGUUAUGCACUCUACCCAUUUUUAUCAACACGCUCAUUGCCAUGGAAUGUAAACGCAAGUGGGGCUUUCAGAGCUCGAAAGGUAGCUGAAUGGAUCGGAAUCAACCCAAUGGAAGAUGUGCAAAAGUCAGGUGGUUUAGAGCUUGGUCGAGGCCAAGUUUUGGAUAUGGAAGGGAACACCGCCGAUCUUCGACAAAAACUAUUUUCACACUUGCCAGAACCCUCGGGAAGCAAUUCCAGAGUUGUCUCAGCCUCCUUCGGACAUGUUCUGUUGACUCCUCCUCCUUCAAGUCACGCUUCUUUUAUCCCUCCUUUGCAAGGCUCUUGGCCGUUAUCCAACCUGUCGAGGUGGAUCCGAGAACGACACAUAGGCCGCCUCUUUACUCCCUUCUUACCUGCCCCAGUUCUUCAGUUAACUCCGCAAAAGCAGCAACUUCUACACCGUUUGUUAUACGAGGCCCACCCCUCAGGGAAUACACAACAAUCCACUCAUAUUAUAGAGUUCGAGAUGGUUCUUCCUCUAGCGACGAUCGAUCAAAAUGGGAUUCCAGAGCUCGCGAGAAGCAACUUUGAUUCUCGCCAUGAAGAAUCAUCGAUCUAUACGACGGGGACAACGCACACCCGUUUGGAUCAUAUUUGCAGAAUUGGAAAUCAGUUCACUGUUGACCUUAUGCUCCCCGAUCGCCCCAUGGAUAUCCGUUUUUCAGUCUUUGAUUCAUCUAUCCUGCCUCAAAAACUCUGGCCGACUGAACUACAGAAAUAUUUUGAGGAUCUGUCAUUCUUUUUCUAUGAUGGCGAGUCCAAUGCUUCACCACCGAAUGCGCCUGUAACAAUGUUUCUGAACAACGUCGAAUACCGGUUGCGUUCCAGCGUUAGUGUACGACAAACGCAAGCAGACACGCAUGCGCCCCAAUCAAAAAUUUCGAUUCCAGCAAUUAGCGAGAGUAUCCUGGAUCUAGAAGUGGAUGAUAAGUCAACGGUUUGCAAAAUCAACUGUCAUGCACCAUCUACGGAUGAGGAUUGGCGAGCUUUUCUUAAAGGGUGUGAUUUCAUGAGCGCCAUGAGGAUACCAACCUCGGGCAAAAAAUUCAUAGACGCAGACGCAGAUAUCGCAUUAUAAUACGAUGACCCAAUCUACGGAUACUAGAAGUAACUAUUACUACAU